UCCGAGGUACAAGUAGAAUAACCGGUUGAGUGUACACAAGCAGCCCUUUUGUGUUCAUGUCAGAUAACAUUCAGGCAAGUGCAUCUGUGACUUGUGUUUUUCAAUAAGGAAAGGCAAUUCUAUAAAAGGCUGUUUUGUGCAGGUUGCGUUAUGGGACAGCCCAUUUGCUGCUUCCUUGGCUGUGAUUGGCUGCUUCCGGGUAUAGCAGGUGACACAACCAGCGGUAAUCAGCACACACUUUUGAGGCACGCCCAUCUUUGUCCCUCUCAGUUUCGGCUGGGAGUGUUUGGGAAAUGGCAGCAACAACUAUUUCUAUUGAACAGGACCAGUUCUGUUGUUCAGUGUGCCUGGAGGUCUUAAGAGAUCCCGUGACUAUCCCAUGCGGACACAGCUACUGCUUGGACUGCAUCGAGGACUACUGGAACAGGGUCAAGCAGAAAGGCCAGUAUAGCUGCCCUCAGUGCCGACAGGUGUUCAACCCCAGACCGCUGCUGAGCAGGAACACAGUCCUGGGGGAAGUGGUGGAAACUUUUCUCAAAUCUGGGGCUCGACAGUUUUCCUCAAAACCCGAGGAAGUGCCAUGCAGUGUGUGCACAGUGAGGAGGAAAAGAGCUGUUAAAUCCUGCCUUGUGUGCUCCGAGUCUUACUGUGCGGCUCACUCCAGGGUCCAUGAGGAGAGGUUUCAUGGGAAGGCCCACAGGUUGGUCCCUGCUGUGGACCAGCUGAAGGAGAAGCUGUGUCAACAUCACGAUAAACCACUGAAGCUGUACUGUCGCACCGACCAGCAGAGUGUGUGUUCCCAGUGUGUGAGAGAGAGACACAAGGGCCAUGACGCAGUCUCACUGGUGGAUGAGAGAGCAACGCAACAGAAAAAACUCCAAGAAGCCUCUUUGAAGUCUGUGCAAAAAUUGAAAGACACGGAGAAGGAGCUCAGAUAUGUUGUCAGAUAUAUCAAGCACUCCACAGAGGCAGCGGUGGAGGAGAGCGAGAGGGUUUUCUCCAGGCUGAUCCGCUCCAUAGAGAAACAGAGCAGUGAGGUGAAGGAGGUGCUGAUGGUCCAGGAGAGAGCAGCUGUCAGUCAGGCUGAGGAGCUGCUGGAGAAAAUACAGAGAGAGAUCCUGGAGCUCCGGAGGGCCGGGGCCGAGCUCGAGAGGAUUUCUCAAACUGAGGACCACACCGGCUUCCUUCAGAAGUGCAAGUCUCUUCAUUUCCCUACAAAGACUGUGGAGAUGCCCAGCACUGAUGCUCUUCAAUAUAUGAUGUAUAAAACCCUGAGGGGAGCCCUGCCCAAUCUCAAAGACAGUCUGGAUGAAACACUUGAAAGAGAAUUCAACAGGAUCUCUGAUAAAGUAAUGUCACUGAAGGAACCCAGCAAUACAAGUGUAUCUGAAAAAACCAAAGCAAAAGACACGGAGAUACCAUACAACUCCGAACCGAAGACAAGAGCUGAUUUUCUACAUUAUCACCACGAUAUCGUCCUGGACCCGAACACAGCCAACCCUUAUCUGAGCCUCUCUGACGGUCGCAGAGGGGCGACCACGCGCUCGGAGCCCCAGCCCUACCCGGACCACCCGCAGCGCUUCAGCAGCUGGGCCCAGGUGCUGUGCAGAGCUGGGAUGGCUGGGCGCUGCUACUGGGAGGUGGAGUGGGCCGGGGAGGGAGGGGUUUCCAUCGGGGUCUGCUACAAAAACAUGGGCAGGAGUGGAGCAGGGAGCGACUGCAAGCUUGGACACAACUCCAAAUCCUGGAGCCUGGACUGCACCAACUCGGUCUGUUCCUUUCUGCACAACAAGGAGAGAGUGGGCGUCCCCACCCCCUGCUCCAGCAGGAUAGGAGUGUUUCUGGACUUCAGGGGCGGGACUUUGUCUUUCUAUAAUGUGUCUGAUACACUGGUUCUCCUCCAUAAGGUCAAGACUACGUUCACCCAGCCCGUUUACCCAGGUUUUUGGGUGGGUUUAAGCUCCACUUUAAGGCUGUGCUCUCUUUAGUUGUAAAGAUGACUGCACUCUUUGACGUUUUAGAAAGUAAGCUUGUCUGCACGUGGCUCAAAGUAUUUACUUUUGAGACGGUGGUGUGUGCUCAAAACUUUGGUGACGCUUAAAUCAGCAAAAGCAACACCUAUACUGAGGUGUAUAUUUCAAACAGGUUCAUGAUUAUAUAUUGAUAUUUAUUGUGCUUGAAUAUAUUUAAUUUGAAAUGAACAAUAUAUUUUAUUUAAAAUCCAUAAUAAAGCAUUUAUUGCCAUGUUAGUCCAAAGUCUGUGAAUAUCUUUAUAUUUAAAGGAUGUCAUCACCCCUCAUAAUUUGAAGCAAAUUGUUUUUACCUGCUGGAGAAAAGAAAAUAUACUAAUUUUCAUAACACUAUUCAUAUAAUAUAGAAAAAGUAUGGUAUGUGUAAAAUAUCAUGAACAGGGUUUUAGAUGUAUAGUAUGUCAGAAAUGUCAUGGAAAAUCAUAAUACAGGAUGACAAAGUAAGUGUGCUGGAAAGAUCAUGAUAUAUAUUAAAAACACAAAAAAAUUCAACGCGCUCC